AAUGUUGUCAAUUCUACUUGGUCUGUGCUUUAAUGGUUUUUCGUGGUUUUGUUUAGGAAAAUCAUGAAGAUAAUAAUUUGCAUCCAGAACUGAAUCAAAUCAAGGAAAGCAUCGAAAGAGAAAGGUUUCUGCACAUUCAGGAAUCAUUUGCGGAUAGACCAAGUGUGGUUACUCAUGCUGCAUAUCAACAUUCUAUUGCCUCAACCCGGGGUGCUGGGGUAAAUAAUGAUGGAGGGGACAACAAAAUGCUUUCUUUGAGAACGAAAACACCACUCCAUAUUUUCAAAUAUAAUCCUGCAGAAGAAUUUACAUCUACAAUUCCCAAGAAACAAGUUACCAAGCUUCCAAUUGUUAAACAGCUACCUCGAGCGAUUACCUGGGUUUUCACGGAUAGUAAUAAGCUAAUGGCUGAAAGUGAUUCUGUGAUCGGUAAGAAACAAAUCAUUUAUUUCAAUGGCCAUGCAGAGGAAUUGAGCAGCGACGACAAAGUAGAUGAAGAAGAAACAGAGAAAGAAAAACUGGAAUUUUCCAAUGAUGCAUAUCAGUUUAUAUGGGAGGUUGGGAAAAAACAUAAUUUAGAUGACUUGUUGGUGCAAAGUGCUCUCUCCAAGUUCUUCGAAUUAGAUGUUUCAGAUAUCUUGGAAAGAUUCAAUGAGGUCAAGAAGUUUAAGAUCAAUCAAAGAGAUAUUGGUGAAGUUUCUGAUAUACGCAUAUUUACUUUUUUUCUGGAGACUACUGAUAGGCAUUUUUGCCGUCGUUGCUUGAGAUUUGAUUGUCGUGAGCAUGAAGACUAUCAGCAUGACGUCUACACUGUGACUUUGGCUUGUCAGAAAGAAAUCCAAUCUGAUUUUUUUGAGAAGGAAAAUGUUAGAAAACCAUGCAGUAACCAUUGCUACCUUAAGCUAAGGGGUCUCACAGAAGCUGAUCAUAUGGUGGAUAAUGAUAACUCUACAUCAAAGAAUAAGGGGAAGAAUGUGGUCUCAGAGCUCCACAUAGGAAUCCACGUAGAUAAUUCGCCUCUCCAGAAGCUGACAUGUGUCCACCUACGCCAAACGCACCGUAUCAUUUAUUCCUCACCGUCGUGGGCGUUUGCGUGUUCUGAGUUUGGGCUGUGAAAUUUAAAACUGUUUCUGGCCCGAAAGAAUAUAUCUCACCUCCAAACCCUAAUCAGCUGUGGUCGUCUUUCAUCAUCCUGUGACGGCGACUCAAUGCCGUUUGCUCUUCUUCUCACCAACUCAAACGUUCCGAGUAAAGGCUUCGUUAUUAAUCCCAUUUAUUCGCUCCCCCACCACUAUAUAAGCUACGUAUUUCUCCGUCUCGAAUCAGGGAGCUGCAGAUCAAUUCCGGCGGAACCCAAAGAGACGGUCAAUGGUCUUGGUGAAGAUAAAACAGUGAUGAUCAAUCUGAGGCAAGAGUAAAAAAAAACCGAUAUCUUUGGAGAGUCUGUUUAUGGUAGUGGCUGAUGAUCUACAGUCUGAACGACAAACUUCUCUUGAUUGUUGGUGCAGAAAACCCGGUUCUGAUAUCUGGGCUGAGCAAAUAGUCAGUGCUGGUGGUUAACUACUUCCCUUCAAGGUAUGACCCAGUUCGCCAUGCAGAGAAUUAUCCAACUCCACCUGCAGUCUGCUAUGUAAAACGUGGAGGGCCAUGUAUUAUUGAGAAAGAGAACAACUUCAAGGAGCCUAGAGAUUGCAAUUGUUCCUUCACACCAGAGAGGCAAGAACGUCGGUCGAUGGAUUGAUGCUCUGUCACCCCUCCCAUCACACAUGAAAUCUGCAGCAUCUGGAUAUCUUGCAGGUCCCAGGCUGAUAAGUCACUGGGACAGAAGCUGGCAAGCCGUCUGAACGUGAGACCAAGCAUCUAAAACGAGUGAACAAGAUUCUCGAUUGGUCGUUCUGUGGUUCCAACAGACGAGAGAAAAAAGAUGGGAAGACAUCAGAUGUGCCAUGGAUAUAAUCUUCAUCAUGUGUAUCCUGUGUGUUGUGUAGUAAUAUUUUUUGU